AUGCCAGGACCACCAAACAAAGAGACGCAGGACACGCAGUACAGUUGUCAGGUGUCUGUGGUCCAGGUGUCUGUGGUCCAGGUGUCUGUGGUCCAGGUGUCUGUGGUCCUGGUGUCUGUGGUCCAGGUGUCUGUGGUCCAGGUGUCUGUGGUCCAGGUGUCUGUGGUCCAGGUGUCUGUGGUCCAGGUGUCUGUGGUCCAGGUGUCUGUGGUCCAGGUGUCUGUGGUCCAAGUGUCUGUGGUCCAAGUGUCUGUGGUCCAGGUGUCUGUGGUCCUGGUGUCUGUGGUCCAGGUGUCUGUGGUCCAGGUGUCUGUGGUCCAGGUGUCUGUGGUCCAGGUGUCUGUGGUCCAGGUGUCUGUGGUCCAGGUGUCUGUGGUCCAGGUGUCUGUGGUCCAGGUGUCUGUGGUCCAGGUGUCUGUGGUCCAGGUGUCUGUGGUCCAGGUGUCUGUGGUCCAGGUGUCUGUGGUCCAGGUGUCUGUGGUCCAAGUGUCUGUGGUCCAGGUGUCUGUGGUCCAGGUGUCUGUGGUCCUGGUGUCUGUGGUCCAGGUGUCUGUGGUCCAGGUGUCUGUGGUCCUGGUGUCUGUGGUCCUGGUGUCUGUGGUCCUGGUGUCUGUGGUCCUGGUGUCUGUGGUCCAGGUGUCUGUGGUCCAGGUGUCUGUGGUCCAGGUGUCUGUGGUCCAGGUGUCUGUGGUCCAGGUGUCUGUGGUCCAGGUGUCUGUGGUCCAGGUGUCUGUGGUCCAGGUGUCUGUGGUCCAGGUGUCUGUGGUCCAGGUGUCUGUGGUCCAGGUGUCUGUGGUCCAAGUGUCUGUGGUCCAAGUGUCUGUGGUCCAAGUGUCUGUGGUCCAGGUGUCUGUGGUCCUGGUGUCUGUGGUCCAUGUGUCUGUGGUCCAGGUGUCUGUGGUCCAGGUGUCUGUGGUCCAGGUGUCUGUGGUCCAGGUGUCUGUGGUCCAAGUGUCUGUGGUCCAGGUGUCCAGUGUGUCUGUGGUCCAAGUGUCUGUGGUCCAGGUGUCUGUAGUCCAGGUGUCUGUGGUCCUGGUGUCUGUGGUCCAGGUGUCUGUGGUCCAGGUGUCUGUGGUCCAGGUGUCUGUGGUCCAGGUGUCUGUGGUCCAGGUGUCUGUGGUCCAGGUGUCUGUGGUCCAGGUGUCUGUGGUCCAGGUGUCUGUGGUCCAGGUGUCUGUGGUCCAGGUGUCUGUGGUCCAUGUGUCUGUGGUCCAGGUGUCUGUGGUCCAAGUGUCUGUGGUCCAGGUGUCUGUGGUCCAAGUGUCUGUGGUCCAGGUGUCUGUGGUCCAGGUGUCUGUGGUCCAGGUGUCUGUGGUCCAGGUGUCUGUGGUCCAGGUGUCUGUGGUCCUGGUGUCUGUGGUCCUGGUGUCUGUGGUCCUGGUGUCUGUGGUCCAGGUGCCUGUGGUCCAGGUGUCUGUGGUCCUGGUGUCUGUGGUCCAGGUGUCUGUGGUCCAGGUGUCUAUGGUCCAAGUGUCUUUGGUCCAAGUGUCUGUGGUCCAGGUGUCUGUGGUCCUGGUGUCUGUGGUCCAGGUGUCUGUGGUCCAGGUGUCUGUGGUCCAGGUGCCUGUGGUCCAGGUGUCUGUGGUCCUGGUGUCUGUGGUCCAGGUGUCUGUGGUCCAGGUGUCUGUGGUCCAGGUGUCUGUGGUCCUGGUGUCUGUGGUCCAGGUGUCUGUGGUCCAGGUGUCUGUGGUCCAGGUGCCUGUGGUCCAGGUGUCUGUGGUCCUGGUGUCUGUGGUCCAGGUGUCUGUGGUCCAGGUGUCUGUGGUCCUGGUGUCUGUGGUCCAGGUGUCUGUGGUCCAGGUGUCUGUGGUCCAGGUGUCUGUGGUCCUGGUGUCUGUGGUCCAGGUGUCUGUGGUCCAGGUGUCUGUGGUCCAAGUGUCUUUGGUCCAAGUGUCUGUGGUCCUGGUGUCUGUGGUCCUGGUGUCUGUGGUCCUGGUGUCUGUGGUCCUGGUGUCUGUGGUCCAGGUGUCUGUGGUCCAGGUGUCUUUGGUCCAAGUGUCUGUGGUCCAGGUGUCUGUGGUCCAGGUGUCUGUGGUCCAAGUGUCUGUGGUCCAGGUGUCUGUGGUCCAGGUGUCUGUGGUCCUGGUGUCUGUGGUCCAGGUGUCUGUGGUCCAGGUGUCUGUGGUCCAAGUGUCUUUGGUCCAAGUGUCUGUGGUCCUGGUGUCUGUGGUCCAAGUGUCUGUGGUCCAGGUGUCUGUGGUCCAAGUGUCUGUGGUCCAUGUGUCUGUGGUCCAGGUGUCUGUGGUCCAGGUGUCUGUGGUCCAUGUGUCUGUGGUCCAAGUGGACUCCCAGCCGUCUGUCUGA